AAACCUUCCAAAUCCUCCGACCUUCAUCCUCAAACGCGACAGCAAAUCGCUCGCAUUCCGCCAAUUCUAAUCAUCCGAAAUUCACCGUACCCAAUCCUACCCAUCCCGAACAUCCAACAUCCAACGUCCAACAUCGUCCAACCCCCUUCGCCCUCCAUCUUUCCCGCACCGUCUCCGCCUCGCAACGCAAAACUUCCCACACACCCCAAAUGCAUAAAGACCAGCCCAUCCACCACGGCUCGCUGGAGCACCUGCUGCCGCCGAGCUGGAAGGCGCAGAUCACGGCGUGGCUGGCCGAGGACACGCCGUCGUACGACUACGCCGGGUUCGUCGUGGGCGAGUCGCCGCGCUCCGCCACGCUCUGGGGCAAGAGCGCCGGCAUCAUCGCCGGCAUCCCCUUCUUCACCGAGAUCUUCCGCCAGUGCGGCUGCGACGUCGACUGGCUCGCCAAGGAGGGCAGCUACAUCAACCGCCCCAAGGACGGGUCCGGCAAGACGAAGGUCGCCACCGUGACGGGGCCCGCGCGCGGCUUGCUGCUCGCCGAGAGGGUUGGCUUGAAUUUGCUGGCGCGCUGCUCGGGCAUCGCGACUGUGAGCCGCGAUAUGCUUUUGAGUCUGCGCAGCGCCGGGUACGAGGGCAUACUGGCGGGGACCCGGAAGACGACGCCUGGGUUCCGCAUCGUCGAGAAGUACGGCAUGCUGGUCGGCGGCGCGGACACGCACCGCAUGGACCUGAGCUCGAUGAUCAUGCUGAAGGACAACCACGUGUGGAGCCGCGGCAGCAUCACGGACGCGGUUCAGGCGGCCAAGAUGGUCGGCGGGUUUGCGCUCAAGGUCGAGGUCGAGGUGCAGAAUGAGGCGGAGGCUGACGAGGCGAUUGCUGCUGGGGCGGAUAUUGUUAUGUUGGAUAAUUUUACCGGUGAGGGCGUCAAGAUCGCGGCGCGCAGUUUGAGGGAGAAGUGGAAGGGCAAGCGCGAGUUCUUGAUCGAGGUUUCCGGCGGCUUGCGCGAGGAUAAUGUGUUUGAUUAUGCCAACAACGAUAUCGAUAUCAUCUCGACUAGUUCGAUCCACCAAGGUACACCGCACGUAGACUUUUCGCUUAAAAUCGAUCAGGAGCAAAUUGCCCAGGCCUAGACUUCGUGGUCUUAGAUUGCCCGCAUGGUCUAGGAUGGGUGGUCGAUAUUGACAUUAUAGAACUGCUGGCCUCACUUCGGCCGAACCCGGACUAGCGCAAACUUUUAGUAAUUAUUAUGAAUAAUGGACGCAGCAGAAGCUAUGGAUCAUCAGGUCCAUGAAAGAUUCGCAGACAUGUGCGUAGCAUUAUUAUCAGGGGGUUAUGCAUGUUGGUAGGAGACGGUGAAUUUCAUCAUACAGGGAUGGACAACCGAGGCUCCAGUUACGUUGAGAAGAAACCCAUCACAUACGACCAUAUGAGCUA